UGUUACAGACACCUAGAAUAGAUUAAUUUGUCAGUAAGCACUCUAUAAAUAACCAUGGUGUUUGCUUGUUGUGCUGUGGGCUGCCACAACAGACAGGGACAGCGUGCAGGACGCUCCUUUUACCGGUUUCCUACUGACCCAGACAAGAGGGCCAAAUGGAUUGCAGCUGUGAAGAGACAGGAUUGGGAGCCAACAGAGUACUCCAGACUUUGCAGUGAUCAUUUCAUUUCAGGAGCAAGGAGUAACCACCCCCUCUCCCCAGAUUUUGUUCCCAGUGUCUUCCAACACACCUCAUCACCUGUGAAGCGAAAAGGGCAGCAGUCUCUGGAGUCAUUUCAGCGUCGACAGGCCAUGAAGUCCAGAAAGAGAGAGGAAGAAUCCCGUAGAUCAGCUGCACAAGCUCUCCUGGAUCUAACCUCAGGCCUGAACAUUCCAGUAAAGGACUUGGAAUUAGAGAAUACUACUGAGGCAGAUGUUGAACGAACAUUUGAAACCUCAGUGUAUGCACACAGACUGACUUGUCCAUGGACCAUAUUUCUGCUAUGGAACUUGAGCUCCAAAACUUGAGGGAUGAAACUAGAGACAUAAUGGCCGACAAGUCAAGACAGUUUCUACAAAAGUCUUCCUUUGAAAACAAUGAUGAGAAAGUCAGGGUGUUUACAGGGUUGCCUUCUUUCACUGUUCUAAUGAUAUUUUAUGAUGUUGUCAAAGUUUGUUUAAAAGAUAUCCCUACAAUGAUGUGUUUUCAACAAUUUCUUCUUGCAUGCAUGCGGCUCAGGUUAAACUUAACAGUACAGUUUUUAGGUUACGUGUUUGGUGUCAGCACCUCAACUGUAUCUCGUGUGUUCAUGAAUGUUGUUAAUAUUAUGAAUGUGAGGUUAGUCCCAUUAAUGGUAUCAUGGCCUGAACGUGAGCAACUGCGCAAAACCCUUCCAAUGACAUUUCGUCAAACUUUUAAGCACUGUGUAUGUAUUAUUGAUUGUUUUGAUUGAACAACCAAGGGAUUUAAAGGCAAGGGCACAAACAUAUUCCUCAUACAAGUCACACAAUACAAUGAAAUAUCUUAUAGCUAUUGCACCACAAGGGGUUAUUACAUUUAUAUCAAAGGGUUGGGGUGGGCGUACAUCAGAUGUACAUAUUACUGGCAAUAGUGAGUUUCUACAGAAUUUGUUACCUGGAGAUUUAGUGCUAGCAGACAGGGGGUUUGAUGUUGAGGAUCAGGUGGGGUUGUAUUGUGCUAAACUGGAGAUUCCAGCUUUUACCAGUGGUAAAAAACAGUUAGCAUCUGUGGACCUUGAGAAAACUAGGGGAUUAGCUGCAGUUCGUAUUCAUGUAGAGAGAGUUAUUGGUGUUGCCCGACAAAAGUAUACCAUGUUGCAGGGAACUAUUCCCAUAACACUUCUUCAGAAUGACCCAGAGGUAAACCUAACAACAUUGGACAAAAUAGUUAGGGUAGCCUGUGCUAUGGUAAAUGGCAGUGAAUCUGUAGUUCCCUUUGAUUAGGCAGAAAAAUGUAAUGGUGCCAUUUAAAGAACAGUUACAGUGGUAUUAUGACAGUACACGCCAUGUUUUCAGUAUUGUUAUAAAAAUUUCAUUAAAUUUCUUAAAAUUAAUGUUAAAUGUUGUGUAAUAUAUC